AUGGCUGACGACGAAGAAGAAGUGGGCGAAGAAGAAAAUACAAACAAUUUAGGCUCUUAUGAAGGCGAUCGUAAUGAAAAAAAUGAACGUCAUGGCUUUGGAAAAGCUACAUUGCCUAACGGAGACACCUACGAAGGUCAAUAUCAAAACGGAAAACGACAUGGUACUGGAACAUAUCGAUUUUCAAAUACCGCACGUUAUGUUGGUGAAUAUGUAAAGAAUAAACGACAUGGAAAAGGUAUAUUUUACUAUCCAGAUGGAUCGAAGUAUGAUGGCGAAUGGAAUGAGAACGUUCGUGAAGGUCACGGUACAUAUACAUAUCCCAAUAAUGAUACUUAUGCAGGAGAAUGGAAAAAUCAUCAAAGACACGGCAAAGGAACAUAUACUUAUGCAGCUACAAAAGCUCAGUAUAUUGGUACAUGGAAUGCUGGUAAACGACAAGGCCCUGGUGAGCUACAAUUCAAUCACUACAAAUUUGUUGGCAAAUUUCGUGAAAAUUAUCCAAAAGGUAAAGGGAAAUUCGUUUUCAAAAAUGGAUAUCAACAAAAUGGUGAAUAUCAUAUAACAUCAACAGCCACUGAAGAUGAUACAGAUGCACCACCUGAAGUACACUACAAGUGGAUUGCACGUGAUGUCGUUGCCACCGAACAAGAACAACCGUACGAUUUAGACGAUGAACAAGUAGAAACAGAUAGAUCACUAGAAAAAGAUACUAUGCAAAAUAGCAAUGUUGUCGCUGAUGCUGAUCAAAUUGACAAUGAAUUGCAUGCUGAAACAGGAGAUGGAGCCGAUGGAAACGAAGAAAAUGAUGAACUUCGACAAUCUAAUGAUGAUAUUCCAGGUGAAGAACAAUUUGAAGAAGACGGAUGA